AAAGCAGCAAAGUGUGAUAUACCAAAGUGCACGUAUAAACUAUUUUCUUGUGGAUCUGGGGGCUCAACUAACCCACUUUGGCAAUAUUUAGAAAGUUCACACUGGUCGCAGUAUAUUACAACAAAGGAAUAUCAUAGAAAAAAAAAGAAGGUGCAAAACAAAAAUAGUAAUAUUGAAGAAAUAUUUGAAAGACAUCCUCGGAACUCCACCGCUACAACUUUAACUGAUAUUAAUAAUGUAAAACUUUGUAACAUGUUUGCCACCUGGAUCAUCAAUCGGCAACAUCCAUUCUCUAUCAUUGAAGAUCCCGAGUUAGUUGAAAUUAUUCAGUAUUUAAAUCCUAAGCCACAAUUAGUCAAAGCUGAUGCAAUAAAGAAUAAAAUUAAGUCGCUUUAUGAUUUUGGAAAAAGAGAAUUGAAGACAAAUCUUUGGAUAUCCCCGAACAACAAAACUUUUAUUUCAGUAACUGCACAUUAUAUAGACGAAUACUGGACUCUUAAAGAAACAUUAAUUGACUUCGGUUUGUUAAAUGGUAAAUAUGAUGGAAUGAAUAUUUCGAAUGGAUUCUUUAAGGUGAUAAAAGAUUAUGGAAUUGAAUCAAAG